GGAGCGCGGUGGUGCCUUUCAGCGCGCAUUUUUUUUCUGUCGAGGGAGGCGCCUUUGGAACUAAACCCUUUCGUCGCCUCCCCUCUUUCUCUGCCGUCGCCUGAGAGAGGAGCUAGGAAGGCGCUGCGAAGGAGGGAGGUGGCGGCGGCGAGGGGCUUGCCAGGAUGGCGACGGUGGUGCUGGAACCCGAGUCGGAGCCGUCUUGUAGCCUUCCCAACGCGGUCCCCCCCUCGCCGAGCCUGUCGCACCGUUUUCUCGACAGCAAAUUUUAUCUCCUGGUCGUGGUGGGCGAGCUGGUCACGGAGGAGCAUCUGAGAAGAGCCAUAAGCAAUAUAGAGCGAGGUAUCCGAUCAUGGGACACAAACCUCAUUGAAUGCAACUUGGAUCAAGAACUUAAACUUUUUGUGUCUCGCCAUUCAGCUCGAUUCUCUCCUGAUGUGAGAGGUCAGAAAAUCCUUCACCAUAGAAGUGAUGUCUUAGAAACUGUUGUCCUGAUUAACCCUUCAGAUGAAGCUGUCAGCACUGAGGUGCGUUUAAUGAUAACAGAUGCUGCACGACAUAAGCUUCUGGUACUAACUGGGCAGAGCUUUGAAAAUACAGGUGAACUCAUUCUUCAGUCAGGAUCUUUCUCAUUUCAGAACUUCAUUGAGAUCUUCACUGACCAAGAGAUUGGAGAAUUAUUGAGCACUACUCACCCUGCUAAUAAAGCCAGCUUAACGCUUUUCUGUCCUGAGGAAGGGGACUGGAAGAAUUCAAACCUUGACAGACACAACCUUCAAGACUUCAUCAACAUUAAGCUGAACUCUUCUCCUAUUUUGCCUGAAAUGGAAGGGCUUUCUGAAUUUACAGAAUACUUGUCAGAGUCAGUGGAAGUUCCGUCACCAUUUGAUAUUUUGGAGCCACCAACAUCAGGAGGUUUUCUGAAACUUUCUAAGCCUUGUUGUUAUAUUUUCCCUGGUGGAAGAGGAGAUUCAGCAUUGUUUGCAGUAAAUGGAUUCAACAUGCUUAUCAAUGGAGGAUCAGAGAGAAAAUCUUGUUUCUGGAAACUCAUCCGACAUUUGGACCGAGUGGAUUCAAUUUUGCUCACUCACAUCGGAGAUGAUAAUUUGCCAGGAAUUAACAGCAUGUUACAACGGAAAAUAGCAGAAUUAGAAGAGGAGCAGUCCCAAGGCUCUACUACCAACAGUGACUGGAUGAAAAAUCUAAUUUCACCUGAUUUGGGAGUUGUAUUUCUUAAUGUUCCUGAAAGCCUAGGAAAUCCUGAUCCUAAUUUGCAGUUAAAAAGAAGUGUAGAGGAGGCUUGUUUUACAUUGCAGUACUUAAACAAGCUAUCCAUGAAACCAGAACCUCUCUUUAGAAAUGUAGGAAACAACACUGAGCCCAUUAUCCUUUUUCAAAAAAUGGGUGUAGGGAAACUGGAAAUGUAUGUGCUUAACCCAGUCAAAAACAGCAAAGAGAUGCAAUAUUUCACGCAUCAGUGGACAGGUACAAACAAAGACAAAGCUGAACUGGUGCUGCCAAAUGGUCAAGAAAUAGACAUCCCAGUUUCCUACUUGACUUCGAUCUCGUCUUUGAUUGUAUGGCAUCCUGCAAACCCUGCUGAAAAAAUUAUCAGAGUUCUUUUCCCAGGGAACAGUACACAGUAUAGCAUAUUAGAUGGCCUAGAGAAGCUCAAACAUUUGGACUUCCUUAAACAACCAACGGUGACACAAAAAGACUUAACUGGUAACCUGGCAAGUCCAGCAGUAAAACAAGCAAAACUGAAGCAGAGAACAGACAGUAAAGAAAGUCUCAAGCCAGUUACUAAAACGCUGUCUACAAAGACUGUCAGAAAAGAAUCGAGAGAGGAGGCAUCUGACACGGGGAAAUCUAGCCCACCAGAAAAGGCUCAAAAAGUAGAAAAUAAACCCAUCAUAAAAAAAGAUAAAUCAGCAAAAAGUGAGAGUAGGCUCUCUGUGACUGAAAAAGACCUGACGGCGAAGGAACAGCAGCUCGUGAAAUCUGAAACCCCUGAAAAACAAGCGACUGAUGUGAAACCAAAAGUAAUAAAGGAGAAGCAUGUGAAAAAGGAAGUGAAAGUAAAAUCUGAAGAAAAACAAGAAGAGAAAGAAAAGUCAAAGAAAGAGGUGCCUAAGAGAGAUGAAAAAUCCCAGGCCAAGAAAGAGGAAAAGCCUAAAAAGGAUGAGUCCAAAAAGGAAAUAAAGAAAGAAUCUAAAAAAGAGCCAAAGAAAGAAGCUCUUCCAAAAGAAUCCAAAAAGGAAGAGAAGAAGGAAGUGAAAAAGGAAGAAAAGAAAGAACCCAAGAAGCUUCCUAAGGAGAUAAAGAAGACCUCUGCUGCUUUGCCGGAAUCAAAGAAGGUUACGGCAAAGCCAAAACCACAGAAGAAGGAAGAACCCAUCAAAAAAGAAAGUGGGCUUGCUGGGAAACCCAAAGAAAAAGUUAAAAGUAAGUCACUGAAGAAAGAGCUCAAGGUGACCGAAGCACCAGCUGCAGCAGUGACUGCUUUGGGUGCUGGGGCUGCAACAGUAGCAGCUGCUGGCCUGGCAGCGAGUGGGAAAGAACUUGAAGUGGAGAGAUCUCUUAUGUCCUCACCAGAAGACUUAACAAAAGAUUUUGAAGAACUAAAAGCAGAAGAAGUUGAAGUGGUGAAGGAAACAAAGCUUCAGGAAGAUAAAGUUGAAGAUGAAAGCCAGCCAACUGACACAGACCAAAAGGAGAAUUACGAAGUUCAGAAAGAAGAAAUAGAAGGCCCUGCUUAUUCUCCUGAUGAAGACAUAACCACCACAGAACCUGAGGGAGAAUGCGAACAAACUCCUGAAGAGCUGGAGUCUGUGGGAAGGGACAGGGUUGAUGACAAUGAAAAGUUUGAAGAGGAAGGAGCAGGAUUUGAAGAAUCUUCCGAGGCAGGUGACUAUGAAGAAAAGGCUGAGACAGAGGAGGCGGAAGUACAAGGGGCCAAUGAACUACCACCAGGUUUCAAAAAGCAAGACAUGAAGGAUAUCAUCGAAACAGGAGAGAUUGAAAAAGAAAUGAUAGAAGCCCCUGAAUAUGAAAAAAUGAAAGGGUUAAUGUAUGAUAAAAAAGCAGAAUUUAGAGUGGAAUAUGAAGAGCACUAUAAAGAAAAUGUAGAAGAAACAACAGUUGAAAAGGCAGAAACAGAAGAGACUGAAGAAGACAAAACUGAGGAGGUCAAAGAUGAAGAAGAUGCUGAAAAAAUAGAAGUAGAAGAGGAUUAUGUCAUGGCUGUGGUAGACAAAGCAGCUGAAGCUGCUGAAAUGGAUGAUAAAUACAGUUUGCAUAUAACUACUCCAACUAAAUUGUCAGAAUCUCCAUCUCCAGCAAAGGAACCAGCAUCUUCAAUUCAUGAUGAAACUCUACCUGGUGGGUCAGAAAGUGAAGCAACUGUUUCAGAUGAAGAAAACAGAGAAGAUCAGCCUGAGGAAUUCACUGCUACUUCAGGUUAUACUCAAUCCACAAUUGAAAUAUCCAGUGAACCAACUCCAAUGGAUGGAAUGUCAACUCCAAGAGAUGUAAUGAGUGAUGAAACAAAUAAUGAAGAAAGUGAAUCUCCUUCCCAAGAGUAUGUUAACAUUACUAAGUAUGAAUCAGCACUAUAUUCUCAAGAUCUUGCUAGGCCUAAAGUUUCUUCUCUUCCCGAUGCUUUUAAUGGGUUAUCUGAAGGAUCUAAAACAGAUGCUACUGAAGGCAAAGACUAUAGUGUUUCAGCUUCUACCAUUUCACCCCCUUCUUCAUUAGAGGAAGACAAAUUUAACAAAACUUCCUUCCAGGAUCUUUAUCGUCUUCGGGAAAAUGAAUUCAAAACUAUUAAUAAAUUAGAAAUUUCGGAAACUUGGGAUGAGAAGCUUAGCCCAAGUAUAGAUGAAAGUCCAGCCCCACUAUCACCAGUUGCUAAAACACCUCUUAGUGAACGUAGUGUGAACUUUUCCCUAACUCCCAAUGAGAUUAAAACAUCAACUGAACCUGUGGCUCUCACAACAUUGCCAGAAAAACAUCAUGAAACCCAGGAAGAGCAGUGCCCCAGCCCUGAUGAUAAAACAUUAGAAGUGAUAUCCCCUUCACAAUCAGCUGCUGGAAGUGCUGGUCACACACCUUACUAUCAGUCUCCCACUGAUGAAAAGUCAAACCAACUUCCAACUGAGAUUCCUGGAAAGACAACUGAAGUACCGAUCAGUUUUGAAGUUAGUGAUGCCAAAGACAAUAUUUCAAAACACAGAAUAAGCCCAAUGGAUGAACCAGUGCCAGACUCUGAAUCGCCUUUUGAGAAAGUGCUCUCACCUUUACGAAGUCCACCCCUUAUUGGUACAGAGUCUUCCUAUGACACAUAUUUGAGUGCUGAUAUAAAAUAUGUCAGAGAAACUGAAAUUACCUUUGAAAAGAAAAGUGAAACUGAUGGGUCCACGUUGCAGAAGAGCUCAGUUUCUGAACUUACUUCUACAAACAUUUUCCAAGAGCAACAGGAUGAAAAAGAUGUGGAGCUGACACCUCCAAGGUCAGACAUUCUUCUAGAAAAGGAAAAGGAUGAUUUAGAAACUUCAGAAAUUCAGUCUGCAUUAGUUUUGGAAGAGAGGAAGCUAGCAGAGGUUUCUCCUACUCAGGUAGAUAUUAGUCAUUUAGGCUAUUUCAAAGAGGACACCAAAAUGUCAAUAUCUGAAAGUACAGUCUCUGAUAAAUCUGCAACUCCUGUUGAUGAAGUUGUAGCAGAAGAUACUUAUUCACAUAUUGAAGGAGUUGCAUCUGUUUCUACAGCAUCUGUUGCUACUAGUUCAUUCCCGGAACCAACCACUGAUGAUGUGUCUCCUUCACUGCAUGCUGAGGUUGGAUCUCCUCACUCUACUGAAGUUGAUGAUUCUCUUUCUGUGUCUGUUGUACAAACACCAACUACAUUUCAGGAAACAGAAAUGUCUCCAUCUAAAGAAGAGUGCCCAAGACCAAUGUCUAUUUCUCCACCAGAUUUUUCCCCUAAAACAGCAAAGUCAAGGACACCAAUACUAGAUCAUAGGUCUCCUGAACAAUCAACUAUGUCAGUAGAAUUUGGACAAGAUUCACCUGAACAGUCUUUGGCCAUGGAUUUUAGCAGACAGUCUCCUGAGCAACCCAUAGUAGGUGUUGCUGUGCACCAUAUAUCUGAAAAUGGUCCAACAGAAGUUGAUUUUAGCCCUUCAGACAUGCAAGAACACGGAUUUCCAAAUAAAAUAUCGCCAGUCGAACAAGUAUGUUAUGGCCAUGAGAAGGAUAUUUCAGAGAUUAUUUCAGUUUCUCAGAUAGAGGCUUCACCUUCACCUUCUUCUUCCUCUGUUCAUACACCAUCACAGGCAAGUUCUCCCCUACAAGAAGAAAUUCUAUCAGGUGUUACACAGCCUAGUGAUAUACCAUUCCAUUCUACAUUUCCAUCAGAAAAAAUGCAAAGCUUGGGGGAGAAACUCUCACCAAAGUCUGAUUUAUCUUCAUUAACACCCCGGGAAUCUUCUCCUUUAUAUUCACCUAGUUUUUCAGAUUCACCUCCCAUAAUGAAAGAAACAAUGGCUGCUUCUCAGUCAUCCCUAUUAUCACUGCAUGUAUCCCCAGACAAAUUGUUUGGCUAUCAUACAUCAGUAGUUCAAGACCCUGAGACGAAACAUGGUCAAGAGCUUCUAGUCUCUAAGGAUCAGGAAGAUACAGAAGAAACAUCCAUAUCACCAGAAGCGCUUAUUUACUCUUAUAAGGAAACUGGAAAAAGCACUAGAUCACCUGAGGCUGUUAGUUACUCCUAUGAAAAAACAGAGGAAGUCACUGAAUCCCCUGAAACUCUUGAUUACAACUAUGCUGCAGCAAAGGAAACCACCAGAUCACUAGAGGCAGAUAGUUUUUCUUAUGAAAUAGCAGAAAAAACCACCAAGUCACCAGAAGCCCUUGAUUAUUCUUAUGAGAAAUUCACCAAACCAUCAGAGUCUGUCCAUUAUCCUUAUGAGUCCACAGAGAAAGCCACCAAAUCACCUGGCAUUUCAAGUUAUCACUAUGAGAAUGAUAAAUACCUUGUUUCAGAAAAAUCUGAAAUCCGUCAAGAUGUUGAUUUAUGCCUUGUCUCAUCUUGUGAAUACAAGCAUCCCAAAACUGAACUGUCACCUUCUUUUAUAAAUCCUAACCCUUUAGAAUGGUUUGCAAAUGAAGAACAAUCUCAAGACCAAGAAAAACUGUUAGUUCAGUCAGGAGGUGCUCCACCACCCUCCGGAGGAAAACAGCAAGCCCGCCUGUGUGGUGAAACUCCCCCAACUUCUGUGAGUGAAUCUGCUCCAUCACAGACCGACUCAGAUGUACCCCCUGAAACAGAAGAGUGUCCUUCUAUUACAGCAGAUGCUAACAUUGAUUCAGAAGAUGAAUCUGAAACUAUACCAACAGAUAAAACAAUUACAUAUGAACACAUUGACCCUCCCCCAGCCCCUGUUCAAGAUCGCAGCCCUUCACCUAGGCACCCGGAUGUCUCCAUGGUAGAUCCAGAGACAAUACCUAUUGACCAGAACCUCAGCAAGCCUUUGAAGAAGGAUCUGAAAGAAAAGACGAAAACAAAAAAGCAGGGGACUAAGACUAAAUCUUCCUCUCCUGCCAAGAAGAGUGAUGGCAAGCCUAAGCAGGUGGCUUCUCCAAAGCCUGCUGGCUUGAAGGAAUCAUUGGAUAAAGUUUCAAGAACAGCUUCUCCAAAGAAGAAGGAGUCUGUGGAAAAAGCUGCCAAAAAUGUCUCUACUCCAGAGAUAAAAUCUUCUCAUAAUGAAGAGAAAGAUAAGGAAACUAAGAAUGCAGCUAAUUCUACAACAUCAAAGUCAGCAAAAACUACAACUUCAGGACCUGGAAACGGGAAAGCAACAAAAUCUAUAGCUGUGCCUCCAGGACCUCCUGUGUAUUUGGACCUGGUCUAUAUUCCCAACCACAGCAAUAGCAAGAAUGUUGAUGUAGAAUUUUUCAAGAGGGUGAGAUCAUCCUACUAUGUUGUGAGUGGGAAUGAUCCUGCUGCUGAAGAACCAAGCAGGGCUGUCUUGGACUCCCUGUUGGAAGGCAAAGCUCAGUGGGGAAGCAACAUGCAGGUGACUUUAAUCCCAACCCAUGACUCAGAGGUGAUGAGGGAAUGGUAUCAAGAGACCCACGAGAAACAACAGGAUCUUAACAUCAUGGUUUUGGCAAGCAGUAGCACUGUUGUUAUGCAAGAUGAAUCUUUCCCUGCAUGCAAGAUUGAACUGUAAAAAAAAAAAAGCAAUGCAUUUCAACUUUAAACUUUGUUUCCAGAAAUUCUUCAAUUUGAAAAUACUUUUUCUAAAAAUAUAAUCCAUCUAAUUCAGCUGCUGAACUAUAUAUACCUGCCAAAUGCUAUACUGUAUCAGAGUGAUGCAAGUCACUAUUUUUUUUUCAGUCUUUGCUAAUUGCUACGGGAAAUAACAGUAUUCCCACCAUAGGGUUCAAAUUACUGCAAAUCUGCAGAUCCAGGUUCAUCUUCAUUGAACACUUGGAAACCAUGCACUAGCAAACACUGCUGACUUCUACCAGGUUGGGGGCAUUUGCCCUUGGAAGAAACAGAGAAAAAGGGGGAGAGAGGGGGGAGGGGGAAGAUGAAUUGGGUGGAGUAGAGGAGAAUAAAAUAAUUAAUUCUGCAUUACUUACAAAGCAGUCAGUGACUUACCUCCUGCAGUCUGGCAUCCCAUAGAAAGAAAAAUCUGUUUGUUUCAGAGUAGGCAUUUUUAAUUUAGUGACAACUUAGCUAGAAAAUUAAGUGAAACAGAAUGUGGCUUUGAAGGGACAUUGCAUUGGAAACACUGACUUGCUGUUGGCAUCUUCCCGUUCAGUGUUUCAUUGUCACGUAACAUAAUUCUCUUAGACAAAAUAUGCAAGUAGUUUGAACCCCAUUCAGUUUAAUGUGCAGACAUAUUGGUCUAAGGCAUGCUCCCAGUGAAAAUCCAGAGUCCUCUCAAAUUUGACAAACUUGCAUGCUAAAACACCCAGGUCACCGACAAGUUUACUGAAGCAAAAUACCAAAGCAGUUGGGAGUACCUAUGGUAGACAAUUUGCCUUAGAAAGUGACUUGAAUGUACAAAGAUACUUGAUGCACUUAUUUUUUAAUGCAAGAUAGCAAGUUUAUAAACCAUCUGUGUAGGAUUAUAGUUACACCAGUACAGAACUAUGCGUGUGCAUGUGUGCUAUUGGAAACCUCUCUGAUUGGUCAAACAGCUUGGUGCUAUGAAUUAUGUGUGUAAGUUGAACACUUCAUUGGUGCACCUGAACAGCAAACCUUGUUUGAAAAGUUAUUUUUUUCUCUCUUUUUUCCUGCUUCCUGGAAGCAUGAAAGAAAAGGUGUUCAGUACCAGAAACGCAAAACUUAACAAAAACAUAUGGGAUGUUACAAAAAGGUUGUCUCCACAUCUGUACAGUCUUUGAAGCUUUCCUUUGUCUUACAUUAUUUUGACUGUUAAUUUAAGAGUGAAUAUGGGGACAAAUGUACAGAAGAAUUUUUUUAGCUCAGCACGAACUUUUAAUAGAUGAAUUUUUAAACAUGUUUUGUUUACAGGAAAAUGCAAAGAAAAAAAUCAGGUGAAGGCAAAUUUUUUAGUAGUUUUGUAAGACAACGCAUAGUGUUAUUUUGAGUUCUGGUGAGAAUGAAGUAUGAUAAAGCAGUAACAUAUUUAUUGAACAUAGUUGACUGCCAAGGAUUAUCUUGCGGAGAGCGCACUAGCAAUAUCAUUAUGUGUUAGUGAUCAAAGAACUAAGGAUUGAAAGGUUAAUUGGCUUUCUUUUAAACAGGCAGCCUGGGUUUGGGGCUAGCCCAUGGCUUCAUGCAACCCAAGGAGUCAUUUGUGGUGGCAAUAUUUCACAGUACCAAUGAAUACAGCUUACAACUGGGGGUUGCACCAAACCGCCCUCUGACAUAUAAGCAAUCCUGUGAGACACCUGUCAAACCCUCCAGUGUUAGCUGGGCAGCCGAGAACUUGAUUUAGUUUUUCCUAGAUAUUCUUUUAUCCUAUACUGUCUUAAAUAAAAUUAGUUGAAGGAUCCCUCCCCAAAGUAAAACCAGAACAGGGUAUAUACUGUGGUUCUGUGAGAUCAUAGAAAAGUGCAAAAUGUAAUCCUGGUCACAGAUUUCAGCUGACAAGAACCUCAACUCCCAAGUUUUUUAAAGGUUCUAAUUGCUAGAAUUACAGGAAUGAGAGCUGCUGAUUAGGAUUUCUUACAAUCAGAUGGGAUUUAAUAUUCCACAUCUUUUCAAGUCUAGCACAGAAAAACAAAGUAUGCAAAACUCAUUCAGGUAUGCAUAAUUUCUGCAGAUUACAGGAAUCAACUUUAUGUGUGACUGAGUUUGGGUUGUCUGGUCACACAUUGCUUCACUUGGCUUCCCAGCAACUGCAGUAGAGUGGUGGUGCUGCCACACCACACCACACAGCAUGUAGCCACACUACUUUCUCCCUGCUACUACAGCACCUGCUAGGGUUGGAGGGAUCUCUGGUUCUUCCCUCGUCUUCCCAAACUUGCCACUAUUCCAUUUACCCAACAGAUUACAUGUGCCUGGCCUAGUGCAGACUUACUUGUUUGUUUUUUAAUGUUCAAGACCACCUCUACUGGGAAGCCUAUAAUUUCAUUAUUAAGGCAGAUGGAAACAAAAAGUUGGAAAAAUCAAAAUGUGUGAUAACGGAGGCCUGAUGAUAAUAUUUCUUGUGCUGGUAUAGUACUUUCAUGACCAGAGUGCAUGUUAUCACUACCUGUAAUGGUAUCUCCAUUACCCCUAAUGUUUUACUUUGCAGCUCUGUACAGAAUUUGCAUAAGCUCAUUCUCUCCAUAAUAGGAAUUUGUUUUAUGCCAAUCAUGUUUUCAGAAGGUUCUGAUUUCAUUAAGUAGUGGACAACUGCAGCAUUUUGUUUAUUAUGUGUUAUAUAAUUUAUUUUAAUUGUUACAUUGUUGGUUUUUGUUUUAUAUUCUAGAUGUGCAUUUGCACUGCUAAUUUUUAUAUAUAUUUUAAUACUACUUUAGAUCCUUUUUAAUUUGGGCUGGGUAGCCCAAUUAAUGCUGUGAAAUAUUGUUUCUGUUUUGUGCAUUUAAAAAUUCUAAUAUUUUAUUUUUGUUUGUCAACUCUAGCAAUGCUACUUUAUUUAUUAUUUUUUCUUCAUCCAAGAAACACUUCUGUUCUUGUAGCUCUUUAUUUUUCUUGGAACAACAUAGAUGGAAGCUCUAUGGGUUGGGUCCCAAGUCUUAAAAAUUGGUAUAAUUGUGAAAUGAAAAGUAAGGGGAAAAUGUAUUUUUGAAAGAAGCAGAAUAGCUGAGCUCAUAAUUGUGAAUGCUGCAUUUAUUUUUAGUACUAACAUUUUAAACAUUAAGAUGGGCUUACAUCACAGUAAAGAGUCCUUUCACUUAAUUAAUUUAUAACCAGACUUCUUAUGAAGAACAAGUGGGAAAACAUUGUCCUGGUACUCAUUAAACAGAAAUAACUACAAGUUUUGAUAUACUCCUGAAUAUUACUCUCCCAUACCUCAUCCCCUUUCUUAGCCCAACAGUUGCUAUUUCUAAUACAAUUCUAUAGCAUCCACUAAUGUGAUACAGUCCUAACUGUAUGUUCAUCCACAUUGGAUGAGCCAGGCCAAUAGUACUGAAAGUGGGUUAAAAUGUAAGAGUUUACUGGGCAAAGCUGUUGCUCUAUCACAUUAUUAGCAUAAUGACCCUCUUUUACUUUUCCAAGUUGGCCACCUUGAAAAUAUGUGAGCUUCUUAGCAGUGGCCAUGCUGGCUGGGGAAUUCUGGAGAAAUUCAUUUGGAGAGUUCCUUAGUUUGGAAAGAUUGACUUAGAGGACUUAUUCUGAGUGGGUGCCCAAGGAAUUGCUAUCAGCUGUUCCCAGUUACAAUGCAGUAUUCCAUUUAUUAACUAUUGUUUCAAGAUGAAUUUUAUGACUUUUUCCCCCAUUCUGUUGUUAAGCAGAAUUUGAAGGAUUUACACAGCAGAAAUAUGUUUAAUUUUCUUCUUGCCAAAAGAAAAAAAAAGUGAACUGAGUUGGCACUCAGUCUGUUCUGAACUGGGAUACUUCUAUGUGGAUUUUUUUUUGUAGUGCAUGCUCAACAAGCAAUAUUAAGUAUAUAUUUAAAAGUGCAAAAGGGAAAUUACUUUGCUCUCUCCAAAAGGGGCAGCCUAGCAAGACAACAGCAAUAGACCUGUUGUAGCGAUUGUCUGAAAUCAGCAUGACAGAUAAUUCUGUAUGUCAUCUCAGAAAUUAACUCUGUUGUGUGCAAGUAGGACUUCUUCCCAAUAAGUAUAUAUAGGAUUGCCACCUUAAUGGGAUUCAAAUUUGGCCUUGAAAUUCCUUCACUUUAAGCACAUUAUUGAUCCUCUUGUAAUUAUUUUAUUGUAGAAUCAGAAAUGUAAUCAGAUUGGUUUUGUUUGUGUGUCAACUUCUCCUCUUUUCUUUAUGCUUCCAAAUUCUUCAAGGACUUAAGGACCUAAUUCAGCAAACCUUGGUUUUUAUGGGAAUAUAUGUUCUCUUAUGGCAGCCUUCCCCAGCUUACUACUGUCCAAAGGAGUAGAUUACAAUUUCCAGCAUUCUCAGCCAGCAUGCUGAUUGCAAAAUUGAAGGAUUUAUAGUUUGAUAACUCUGGGGGCCACCAGUUUGGGGGGGGGGGAGAGAACCUGUUUGUAUAGCUUUGCUCAAAGGUCUCAUUUUUCAAAAACAGUAUCACUGAUUCUAGCAUUACAACCUCAUUUACAGCCCCCUUUCCUGACAACUUGCUCCUGAGAGUUGGGGAAAAAUUUAAGAAUCUUUCUGAAAAUACAGGGACAUGUAGUGGGCAUGAAAUUAGCAUUUGCCCCGCACAUGAGUUGAUGUGCCUUUAGAUCCAAGCCUAUAUUUCCUUUUUAUGUUUCUGAAUAUGGUUAUAUUAGUAGGUUAUGCAGUUAUAAACAAUUGUCUUUUGAACAAGCAGGCAUAGGGUUUUGAAUGGCAAUCAGGACUGAAGUUGAAUGGCACUCAAUUCUGGAUUUCUGUUACUGUUGUUUUAGGAAGCUCCUCUAUACCAAAAUAAAUGGAACUAAUAAUUGUGUUAGUCACAGCCCUACACAGUUAGUAUAGUGACGGUCAAUCAGAAGUACCAUGAUUGUGCUCUGUUACUCAGCACAGAUUACUAGAAGCAUGGUUCAAUAUUGAUUAAAGUAAUUAAUGAAUCAAAUUUAGAGUGCUACCUGCAUUCUAGAAAAUGUUACCAUUGAUAACAUUCCCCUUAUUGUGGCUGUUAUGAUAGUACUUUCCCACUGAAUAAAAUUCAGUGGUAGCAGUUUAGUUGAGGUCAUGUUCAAACUUAAAACAGAUUUUUUUGCAUGCCUUUACAUUUUCCUAUGGGGGGUCUAAUUUCUGCAACUACUAAAUUAAUCUUCCAUUCUUCAUGAUUUGUGUUUAACUUCACAUACAGUGGUAAAUGAAUCCAAAUGUGUAUACAAAUAUAUUUAGCUGUCUUCAGUAGAACUAUUAAGCAGUUUAGGAACCUUGCAACACAGAACUGAGAAGGCUCUUGGUUAAGGAAAACAUUCCAAGAACUCCCAGCUUCAAGGAGUUAAUUUUGCAUUUCCUACAACACAGGUCAUUUCUCCACUAGCAAGCAUCUUCUAGAAUCAUCCCAUCAUUGAUGUGCCAAAAUUAACAGUAAUGAGGACAGACUACAUAUUACUUCGAUGAUAAGUGGAUGAUGCUAUGGAAACAUUCUUCAGCCACUCACUAGUGGGGCAAUGGCCGUAGCCUUUUUCUCCAUACGUAACUAUAAGUUCUAGCUCAGAGAAAAUAGAAAUUUUUGUGGUCUGGAAAUAAUAGUAAUGGGGAAAUAUUUAAACUUACCAAAAAUUGUAAGUGCUCCUUGUUCACUUGAUAGUUGAACAAACCGGAAAAAUUGGUCUAAUUAUUUAUAUACAUUUGCAAACUGCAUUGCUUGCCUUGUUAAGGAUGUUUGCUUCUUUUUUU